UUGACGUUGUUGUCUGUUUCCAGGUGGGGAAGCUGUACAUUCGCUACCAGCUGGAUGUAGCUGACAGUGAUCAGCCUGUGGUGGAGGUGCAGGACGUCAUCUGUCUGCUGAAGGAUGAGAAGGAGCUCUACAUCCAGAAGGAUUACCUCUCAUCCAAGAUGGAGAUCUGCAGGGAGCUGGUGAAACUGUUCUGCACACAGGACAGCCACAGGAAAGAGCUGAAAUAUUUCCUGAGCGUCUUGGUGAAUGCACUCGAUGACCCAGCAGCUCUGAAGAGAUGCUUGAACAAGGAGAACAUCAGAGAGUUGCCCAGUGAGGAGGAGCAGUGGGAGGUCCCAGAGCCUCCCAAACCAGACAUUAACCAGGAGAGAGUUCUGUCAAGGAGCUACUCCUCCAUCAGCUCCCCAGAGGAGCCAUCCCACCCUGCACAGGACGACGGGGAGCAGACACUGGUUUGUUGGCCUCCUCGAGCUUCUAUACAAAACACAGGAGGCAGUCGCUCAGGUCAGGCGGACGGAGGCGUGGUCGAAGCCGUCAUGAAGAUGUGGCCACCUCCUGCAGCGCCUAAAGACAGAGACCCAGAGAAAGAAGCUGCACUCAGAGAGAGCAGCCAUCAUGUCGUCCCCCAGAGUCUCAGCAGCAGCAUUGGUGAGGGAAACCAGCCACUCAGGAGCAGCAGAGCUCCAGACCAGCCCGUCCUCCAGAGAGUUCUCAGCCAUCCAGGCCAGCCAAACCCUGCUGCUGCGACCACCAGCAUCAACACCACCACAACACCUCCAGAGCGCCGUCAGCAGAGUGACACCAUCGAGUCUGACAGAGCUGAGAACAGAGAGGGAAGCCUCGCAGCUCCAACACCAGCACAGAGUCCUCCAUCUGCACCACCUGCUGAGACAGUUGGCAACCAGCCCGCUACAAACAGCCUCCUCGUCCCUGACGCCGUGGUGCUCUCCAGUACAUUUCAGGGGACUGCGGACACCCAGCGUCCCCCUCUGAACCUGGACUUCCCCUUCUGGAAUAAGGUCCAGGCUCCACAGGCCACUCUGGAGGACAUGGAGCUCAUCUGUCAGAGACCCACCACCGUGGUGUUAUCCGACGACUCGAUGGACGUGUCGGCAAUCGGCGAGUGGGGCGAGCAGCUGGUCGACUCCUUCCUGUGUCACUGGAGAGACAGCGGCGUCCCCGGGUGCCCCGCCCAUGUCCUGUGGUGCAACCAGAGCGGGGAGAGCGGCCAGCCCUACGACUUCAAACUCACCUUCAGACCUGCUGCAGCCGGGCCGCAGGUGGUGUAUGUGGAGGUGAAGUCGACGAUCAAGAAGGAGAAGUCGUUCAUCCAGCUCUCCGCCAACGAGCUGGACUUUGCGCUGAAGGAGAAAGAGCGUUACCACAUAUUCAGAGUGUACAGCGCUGGAGACGCUCAAAACGUUCGCCUGUGUCGCAUCCAGAACCUGGCGCAGCAUCUCCACACCAAAGACCUGGCACUUUAUCUGUUUGUAUAAGUCUCCUGAGCACUAUAACUCACACCAUGACGACAGGCUAAUUUGUAUUUUAAGUGUUUAAUAUGUCUUUUUAAGUUAAUCCUAUCUGCACUGAUUUUAGUUCUUUUAAUUGUGGCUACGAUGCUACCUACUGUAUCGUCUUUACUUCGCCUGAAAGAGACUGAUUUUGCACAUUUCUUUUUUCAUUCCUCUGUUCAAAAUAUUAUUUUUAUUGCCAACAAAUUCCACACAGAUGUGUAUUUUCUAGUCAAUGUACUCUUUUAAAGUGGUCAGUGAAUGUUUUUAACCCUUUUUUAUUCUCCCCUACCUCACCUCUACUCCAGCAUUCUUUUGAAAUAAAUCUGUUUUUGUCGAUUGAACAAGAACAAACGUACAGAGCCUGUUUUUAUUCCUUCAAAUAAGCUUCCAGACGUUUCCAGUGCAUCUUUAGUAACGAGAGAGAUUCUGUCACCUUAACCUCGCAGACAGAUGAAGUGAUUAUAGCUGCGGGUUGAGUUAAAUCAAGAGGAAGUGGAGCUGACUGGACAGGUCCCUCACAGCCUCCCAUCAUUCCUGAUACAGAUCGUGAUAUUGAGCCACAGUCAUGAGACAGAACAGAGAUGACUACCAGGAGAAAACUGAAUCAUCGAAGAAGCCUGGACGCUAAAACAAGCGUUGGAGCUGCUUUGUUAUGGAACAGGAGUGAGGCUGGACGCUGACUACACCCGAAGCGCGAAGGUGUCACCACUUCGUCCACCACAUCGUCCAUGAUCACUGGGACGACGUCCAUGAUCGGAGAGACAUUGUUGAGGAUGAGGGAGACAUCGUCCUCGAUCGGAGACAUUGUCUGUGACUCGUGGUGACUCGGUCCCCGAUUAGUCGGCACUGCCGGCGUUCAGAGACAUUGUCGAUGAUCGCAGAGACUUUGUCCAUAAUCUCAGAGACAUUGUCCGCGAUCACAGAGACGUAGUCCACGAUCACAGAGAUGUCCGCGAUCACUGAGACAUGGUCCAUGAUUGGAGAGACAUUGUUGAGGAUGAGGGAGACAUCGUCCUCGAUCUGAGACAUUGUCUGUGACUCGUGGUGACUCGGUCCCCGAUUAGUCGGCACUGCCGGCGUUCAGAGACAUUGUCGAUGAUCGCAGAGACUUUGUCCAUAAUCUCAGAGACAUUGUCCGCGAUCACAGAGACGUAGUCCACGAUCACAGAGACAUCAUCCACGAUCGCAGAGAGACAACAUCCAAACCUUGGUGUCACCACUUCGUCCACCACAUUGUCCAUGACCACUGAGACGACGUCCAUGAUCGGAGAGACAUUGUUGAGGAUGAGGGAGACAUCGUCCUCGAUCGGAGACAUUGUCUGUGACUCGUGGUGACUCGGUCCCCGAUUAGUCGGCACUGCCGGCGUUCAGAGACAUUGUCGAUGAUCGCAGAGACUUUGUCCAUAAUCUCAGAGACAUUGUCCGCGAUCACAGAGACGCUGUCCACGAUCACAGAGAUGUCCGCGAUCACAGAGACAUGGUCCAUGAUCGGAGAGGCAUUGUUGAGGAUGAGGGAGACAUCGUCCACGAUCAGAGACGUUGUCUGUGAUCGCAGAGACCUUGUCAAAGAUGAGAGAGACGUUGUCCAUGAUCAGAGACAUUGUCGCUGCUUCGCAGAGCUCUGCGCAAGAAUCGGUAGUGACACUGUGGUUCCUCGAUUCGACGGCAUGACCGCGAUCAGCUGACAUUUGUUAAUGGUCACAGAGAAACAGUCUAUCAUCAGAGACUUGGUCCACGAUCACAGACACAUUGUCAAUGAUUGCAGAGACUUUGUUUAUAAUCUCAGAGACAUUGUCCGCGAUCACAGAGACGUAGUCCACGAUCACAGAGAGUCUUUGUACAAUGAAGAAGUUCUUUGAGACCAGGACAGAGGCCUCCAGGUGUCACCACUUCGUCCACCACAUCGUCCAUGAUCACUGGGACGACGUCCAUGAUCGGAGAGACAUUGUUGAGGAUGAGGGAGACAUCGUCCUCGAUCGGAGACAUUGUCUGUGACUCGUGGUGACUCGGUCCCCGAUUAGUCGGCACUGCUGGCGUUCAGAGACAUUGUCGAUGAUCGCAGAGACUUUGUCCAUAAUCUCAGAGACAUUGUCCGCGAUCACAGAGACGUAGUCCACGAUCACAGAGAUGUCCACGAUCACAGAGA